AUGGGUGACACCGGCGAUUUGGCUACGCAAUUUCACCAUCUAGAAGGCGACUUAAAAGGUGAAAGACAAAAAAGUUUGUACAAAUUAAUUACAAAACCCGGCUUGUUUGCGAACGAGAAGCAAUUAAAUGAUGCCUUACAAAAUAUAGUGCCUAAAACUUACCAAGAAAAAGCGUUUUAUGUAGACAUAUUGAUAUAUUUUAAACGAACGGAGAAACUUUUGGAGAUUAUGAAAAGUGGAAAUCAGGUAUUCGCUACUAAGAUUCUCAAGCAACAAUGGUUCUACGAUCAAGCAUUUGCUAAUAUCGGGGCUAAGGAGCUAUUUGAGAACUUCCUACCUUAUUUUUCUUAUAUUGUUCGCAAGAAAUUGCUCCACAGGAUAUCUCUUUGCUGGCAGGAGGAUAAAAUGGACGAACUGUAUGAUUACCUAGACAAAUAUUAUGGAUUCGUGGACGCUUCGGAUAUAUUGCACAACUGCUCCAUAGAGAAGAUAAAGUUAACUCUCGAAGAAAACGAAAUCAAGCUUAAACCGAACCAAGUACUGCAACUGUAUAAAAGAAACCCCGACAUUUUCAAGCACUACUUAACUUACUUCAAAACUCUCACAAAAACUCGAUACUCCGAAGACAAAGUAGUGAAUUACGUGGCUUUGAACGAUCCGAAAUUGUUCCUCGAAUUGGAGCGAAACGAAUUAAUAUCCGCCUCGAAGAUCGGCCGGAGAACCACGAAAACCGUGAUGAAAGUCUCGAAAGCAGAAAUUUCCAGCGACAUCAAGCGCUAUUCUAAGUUUUUGAACAAACCGAUACUCGUCAGAAAACUCUCUCCUGAUUUCAAAUCCGUCUAUCGAAGCGUUUUUCCCGGUAAAUUCAGCGCCCUAUUCAACACCGUACGUUACUCCAACUGGAACAUGAUCAAGUAUUACCCGAAAAAGCGUAGGUGGGAUUUAUUCUUCAGUAUAUGUACAGAAAAAUUCCAAAACAAAACUAUCAAAGAUAUACUCACAUCGUUUGAUAGUGAGAUAAAAGAGUACCACCCUCCUUCGGAGAUCAUCCACCAAUGGGCUAAAAUUUCGUACGAGAAACGCGAGAAUGACUACGAAACAUACCUCAAGUACUACCCGAUUUCCUCUGCUAUACAAUUAAUUAAAGAGAGAAUAAACCUCACUUCAGAUCAGUACAAACGCAGAUCUUUGAUUCGAUCGUUACUACAAGCUUGUGCUGAAAACAAAGACUUGAAUGCUCUGACAGAAGUACUUAAAUACAUCUCCACAAGGCAUAGAUCUGAGAAUGUGAGCUUAAGAAGCGAAAUACUAGACGAAAUAACGAAUCAGUUCGACUUGAAGGAAUUGAACGAGACGCAUUGGUACUACAUCAACGAGCAAAUCCAGCUACUGAAAAUUCAAAACGAAUUCUCCUACUUCCAAUUCUGCCGGAUAUUCGAACGCUACCUGGAAUUCCUAUUCGAAAACAAGCGAAACCACGACGCCGCCCUCGACGACUACAUACAACUGAUAAUCGGGAACUCCCUAUUUCGGCUCGACUUGAAAAAUCCCGCGAUUGAAAAGGAAAUCCACUCGGCAAUUUGCGCGCGUUUCCCGAGCUUCGUCAAAGCGGGCUCGGAGGAUUCCAUCAGUUACUUGAUCACAGCGAUCAUCAAAUUCGACUUGGAUCACAAGGAGCACUUCAUAGACCUCAACAGCUACCCGUACUUCCUGAAGCGCAUCGAAGACUCCUUCGAAAAGAACCCCAAAAUGACCGGCGACAGGAGACAGGUCAUCACCGAUGUUCUUAUCUACAACGAAACCUUCCCCGAGCAUGCUGUACGAGUUGACCAAUCGGCAGUUCUCGAAACCUUCGUGUUCGUAACCAACGAGGUUGAGAGCGGAGUCUUCUGGUUUACCAGCGUGUUCGAGAAGCUGGUGAUGAAGAAAAACCGCUCGGAACUCGCUGGGCUUUUGCUGAAAUAUUGCUUCGAGAAAAUCGAUGCGGAUUAUCUCUGGAACGAACUGGCGACUUGGUUGCUCAAAAACGACCCCAAGACGUUGGUUCCUUACUUCGAUUUGUUUUUGAAAUCCUGCAUUAUCGAUGGUUACACUUCUGAUGAUAUAACACACUUACUUAUUCAAUAUUCUCACUUAAAUUUCGAUACUAAAGCUACGUUGUUUUUGAAGCAACAACUCGAUAUUGUCGAAGAAACUGAUUCAUCGACGGUUCACAAAAUCCUAAGCAGCUUGUUGAUGUUGCUACCGAACGAAGAGUUCAUAAAAAUCGUAGAAGAAAGGUACCUGCCGGUGAAGGACAAGCUGGAUCUGCAGGACGAGAAGAUGCGCGUUCUGUACAAAAUCCAAUGCGACCUCGCCAAGAUCCUCUCCAAAGUCCAGGAGCCCUACAAGAUGCUGCCGCUGGUGAUGAAAUUCUGCCGCGGCGACUUCCUGCAGGCCGCCCUUCCGGCCCUCUACAGCGCCUUCUACAACUCCCCCCAGCGGGUUUUGUACCCAUACGUCGAGGAGCUCGGCAAGCGCGCUGUAUCGUGCAGGAAGCACGCCAUCUUCCUCAGCUGCGCCGUGUUAGACAGGGAGCACUCGAUGAACCUGCUGCGCUCUACGAACGAGAGCAACGCGUCGAGCCAGAAGCACCUCUUCGCCGCCACUUUGAAGUACUUCCUCAGGAACCCUUCGCGUGAACUACUGCUGAGGGUCGUCGAUAACAUGAAGACUAUCGAUAAGAACGACGUCGAGACUCUGGAGAGCUUGCAGCGCGCUGGAGUACCGAAGAAGUUCAGGCACGUUUACCUGGAGAAGUGUUGGUGCUUCUUCGAGUCUCUGGAGAACGCCGAUGUCAACGUGAGCGGUUAUCUCGAAACGUUGCUGGGUUUGAUGCACGGGGAUGUGCUGGUAGCGAUGUCGAAAGAAUUUAUUGCUUACAUCUUGCGGAAAUAUUUCUCCGCGUUGGGGAAUAAACGACUUCGGCGCGUGGACGGUUUCGUGGUGAACGUUCUGAGAGAUAGGGUGGAAGAACGCGGGGAAAAUGCGAAAAUCGUGUUCGAUAUCGCCGCGAAUUUCACGAGGAAAUCGAGGCAUUCGUUCUUCGAAGCGUUCCUGGCUGUAGCUCGAGAGGAGGCGACGAAGAAAGACUUCGUGCUGGUGUUUUCGGAGCAUUGGGUUGGGAAUUUCACGAUCGUUCAGACGCUGCAAGAGCACAUCGCGCUGAGGCUGCUGCUGAUCAGGCUGGAUAAUCCCGGUUUGGAUGAAUUCGCUGCUGGCGUGGUGGUGUACAUGAAUGAGUUGAUUUCUGAGCUGACUUUCCUCGUUAUUCUGACCUUCAAGGAGCAGUUAGUCGAUGCUUUGGGGUUGCUGGAGUUGAAGGAUCGAUUGCGGUUUUAUUUGAGCGUUUUGAGGCAGAGUUCUGAUCCGAAUGUGUGCGUUUUGGUCAUACAAAUUCUCGACGAAAUAGACGAGAGCGAUGAGGAUGAGAAUGAAGAUGUUGUCGAUAUUUACAAAGAGAUUAAAAGUAAUUUACGGAAUGUGAAUGUACCGAUUGUGAUGGCUUAUUACAAGUCGCGAUUUGUUGACAAUAAUUAG